AUGGCUAUAGCUGGCUUAAACUUAACCGGCCUGCUUCCAGAUGAGAGGUGGAUAGCGGAGAUGACCUUCGACGCAACCGAUGAGUGUAAAGCCGAGCGCGGGCACCACCGUGCAGAUGUCAUCUUCGUGCUGACCUGCGCCGCGCGCAUCGUGCAGAUGCAGAGCGGAUUUGCGAUGCUUGAGUCAGCAUAUCAGCAGCCGAACAACGCAGCGAACAUCAUGAUGAAGAACAUGCUCGAUCUGUGCAUUGGUGUACUGGCCUUUUUCCUAUUCGGGUACUACAUCGCCUAUCACGACACGCACAGCCUGAACGGCCUGGCUGAUGCUGGAACCGAUCUCGCGCACUUUUUCUGCACGUUCUCCUAUGCUACUACGGCCGCGACCAUCAACAGUGGCGCACUGGCCGGGCGAGUGGCGUUCUUCCCCUACUUGGUCCUGUCAACGGUUAUGACGGGACUGCUUUAUCCGAUUUGUGCCUACCUCGCCUGGGGCAAUGGCUGGCUGCAAGAGCUGGGAUUCGUGGACUUCGCAGGCUCCGUGGUGGUGCACCAG